UCCACAGUUACUAUCAGAACGCCUGUAGCCUCUGCUCUUUUUAAUAAUCCUCCGGUAAAAUGCAGAAACACUUGCACUUCCCUGAUGAAAGUGAAGGGAGAUAAAUGAGUAGUGCAGUCAGAAACAAGUGCAGUGAGUGAUAUAAUAGCCACCCUCAACGCUUUUCCAGACGAGUGUCAAUAAUGCCAGUUGACGAUAUUUACUGGAAUUCCAUCGAUUUUGGAAGCGAGGAAGAGUCGCUCCAUUCGCCCUCACCCAAACACUACGUCGAUCCCUGGGAUUUGGAGAAUUACGCUUACAUUAGGGAGCAUCUAGACUCGAUUGAUGUUAGUUCAGACCCCAGCAGUUCCGAUGACUUUACUACUGAUGUAAACUCGACUUCCUUCCGGUACGUGCCGCUACACCGUGACCAAAACUAUGAAGAAGUUGGAUAUGGGAAGCCCAGGACGAGAAGGAUGUACAGCACAGGUGGACUUCACAGAAGUUACGAUCCCGAGUUUGAUGAGAAUCCUUAUGAAGUAAAUAUGAAGGACGUCUCCCCUCCCUACGUUUAUGACCAGGACAGGUGGAGAAAAGUCCCUGUAAUUCCGCACCGAAGAAACCCAAGAGACCGCAGCAUCAGCUUUUCAUAUGGCGACUACGAGACCGGGCAAGAUAUUUAUUGCAGACUGGAUGAAAUUCCGCCAAAAAGAGAAUCGACUUUGCCGAUUUACGACGAUGUGAGGAACAGAAGACAGCCGAGGAAUUUUGGACUGAGCAAUUACGGACAUUUGAAAAUAGAUUAUUCUUCCAGUUGGAAUAGAUUGAACAAAUAUAUUUGUAAUUAAAUAUUAAUCCGGGAAUCAAGACUGUAUAUAUUCGUCGUGUUAAAUCAUGUACAAAAUUAUUUAUACAAUAAACUUACCUAAAAUGCAA